CGCCGGCACCCCGUUCCCGUACCUGAGCUGCUUCGCAGCCAGGUUCCGGCACGACGAGCGCAAGGCCAUCGUCCUGCGCGCCGUCAAGUGCAUCUUCGCCUCCAUCAAAGGUCAGACCACCCCCUGCUCCCGUUCCACCCCAUCAUCCCAUCGGAUCGGAUCAUGAAAAGAUCUCUCGUGUGCGUGUGUGUGCAACGAUGAGGUCGGUGGAGUACCAGUCGUCGACCAUGGCGCUGGUGCCGAUCCUGGUCGCGCGCGGCGGCAGUGAGGGGACGACGGGCCCGAACCUAGAGGAGGAGCUCAAGGCGAUCUUGGGCUCAUCAUGGCAGCAAUUACAAACCGGGCAUGUGUGUUCCUGCUACAGCGUGAUGAUUCAAGAGGAGGACAGGUCCGUGCAGUCGAGCAGGGAGGUGGCUUCCUCCGACGUCUCCGCCGCCGCCCCCGCCGGGAGCCCGGGCACCUCCGUCGCCAUGGCCGUGGCCGCCAACGACAAUAAAGCCAUUGCCACCACCUCGGCGGACAAUAAGAGGAGAAGGCUGCAUUUUCCUCAGCGCCAGUAGGCAAUGGGAGGAGCUGGAUGGAUGUUUUGGCUAGAGUUCAGCUCGCACUCCAGCUGCUGCUGAUUUCUGUCACCCCCCUAGCCUUAGACUUUUUUUCAUUAGCUUGAGCAGUGAUUUUGGUGGUGGUGGUGGCUAAAUAGGGGGCAGGAUUUGAUUCUUGUGAUUGUGCAAUUAUUACAGCUGAUUGGUAAGUUAGGAUCGGAAAGAUUUUGGUUUUCAGGAGAUCUUUCCCGUCCCAGGCUUAAAAAGGCGGUGUAAAGAGGAGAGAGAGAGAGAGAGAAAGGCCAAGCAGCAGUAGUGUACUGCUACAAAGAGCUCUCAGCUCAGCUCAAAGUGAGGUGAAAAGAAAAGAGUGUAAAGCCUAGGCAUGAGUUUCCAAGGGAAUGAUUUUGAGCAGGGCGCUGGGCAUGUAUUCGUGACGCUCCUCCCGGUGGUAACGCUCAAGUCAGCACC